CCCCAAUCCGACUCUAUGCGCUCCGACUGACACAAUCCAUGCGCAAGAUCCGAUGCGUAUCGAAUGUCAGGAUAAAUGUCACUACGGCGAGAGAGUAAAGUAUUUAGCAAGUCAUGUGAACUAGUAAUCGUUCGAGAAGAAUCUACUCCGUGAAUUAAUAUUGAAUUAUCAACCCUUCUUUGUACCUUUCGAAACUAAAUUAGAUAGAAUUCAGUUCCUACCAUUGUUAACACAAUUCGUACCUCUCGGAUAAUCUGUGAAUCUACGGUCGCAAAUCACCACUGUUUGUUGGUAGUAAAGAUCCCGUAUCCCUGGGAAGAAUAGUUUGAACGCUGAAACCAAUCUGUUGGGGUCAAAAUACAAAGGAGACCAGUUUGUAAGUAACGAACCACAUAGUUUAUAUCUCCCAAUAACUAAUAAAAGCAUUUCCAGCUUAAAGAACUCGGCACCGAAUAACAUAGUGCGAUUCUCUUGAGACCUCCGAAACAUCUACCCAACAGAAGCUUUAAGAAACUGCUUCGAUCACCAGGAGUAAGGAUGCCCGAAACGGAUCGGUUCGACUGCAAACUUUGCCGGAGGUCGAACAAUGUGGACGAUAUGGUCUUUUGCGCGGUGUGCCAGGAGUGGUAUCACUAUCAGUGCGUGGGAGUGACGUCUGCGGUAGCCAACGAGAGCUGGAUGUGCGCACGUUGUUCGGCUUUGCCUUCGUCUACGCGGAUCGGCGAGCUGUUCGGAAGCGAUCCUGUAUUUCCAGCUACUGGCAUCAACGUUCCAUCACCUAGGACCACCGAACCACCGUCGGCCGUUGCUCCAACUUCCUCCGUGGUAUCACAUGUGACAAACGCUGGACUACCGCAGGCCACGUCGGCGGCAUUCUCAACUGUAUCGUCGACUGUACCGCCUGGAUUGGUGCCGUCCGCCGUCGCUGGGCCCUCCGGAUGGGUACCUGCAACGACGACUACAGCUACUACGACUAACUAUGGAUUACCUCUGCUUACGGAACAGGCGCGAGCAAGCCUCCAAUGGGUUCAAGACCAUCGAGCAUUCCUGGAGCAACAAUUGGAAGAGAGUCAUAGGAAGGAACUGGAGAGAAAGAAGGCACUGCUGGGACAGCUCACAAAUAACGCGUUGCAAAGUGUCAUCUCUGGGGUGGCAUCGAACAGCUUCAACGAGCAGUCCGCCGCGGCCGGCGGGGUCGACAAUGUUGGAGGCUGGCUGGGAAGGAUGAUCGGCGAGAUGGAAAAUCUGUCAGUCACACCAGCGAGCGCGGGGCCACAGGUGCCAGCAUCCCUUGCACCCGUACUCAACAGUUCCACACCGACGACUUCAGGUUCUGCUAGCCAGUGUUUAUUCGAUCCAUCUUUAUCAUCACUGCUACUUGGAGUGCCUAGUAGUAUGACGAAGGUUCCCACAGGUUCAUUGUAUGAAGGUCAGUACACUACCAUGCCACCUAUUCCUUUGUGUGGGUACUCGCCACCUGGAGCGGACCACUCUCGACAAAUCAGUGCGUUCCCAACUAGCACUCAAGCGUCUUUGAUGGGUUUAGGGAAUGCAAAUCUUACUAGCGUGGUAACGGCCUGCCCAACGGUUCCAACAGCGUCGAUUCCGCAGGUACCGGUUUACGGUGGGUUGUUGGGGAGUGCAAGUGUACCCAGAUUACAACCGAAUCCUAUCGUAUCGCAAUCUCCGAUGGGCGGGUAUUAUUCAGUGAAUUCGACUCAAGCAAUCCCGUUACAAUACCCAAUGAGUCCAACGCAGCAACAGUUGUUGGCGAGACAAGUUAUGCCGAGAGAUCUCCCGCCGUUCCGGGGGGACCCUGAGGAUUGGCCGCUUUUCUUCACCGCAUACACCAAUUCGACGGCCGCAUGUGGAUACACUAAUGUGGAGAAUUUGGCUCGUCUUCAACGGGCGCUGCAAGGUAAAGCAUUCGAUGCAGUGAAAAGCCGUUUGCUUCUUCCGGCGUGCGUGCCUCAAGUCAUGUCCACCCUGUACAUGUUGUACGGCAGACCGGAACUGAUCAUCCAGACAUUAUUGGACAAAGUUCGCGAGACUCCGGCUCCAAAGGCGGACAGGUUGGAAACGCUUAUCACCUUCGGCAUGGCGGUUCAGAACCUGUGUGACCAUAUCGAGGCGACUGGACAAAUGGCACAUCUAUGUAACCCAGUUCUACUACGAGAGCUGGUUGACAAGGUCCCCGCUCAACAACGCUUAAAUUGGGCGCUGUACAAGCAACAGUUUGCUACGGCCGAUCUACGAACCUUCGCUGGAUUCAUGUCCAUGCUAGUGGCAGCAGCCUCGGACGUCACAGUCACUACAGAUUUCAAGCAAUCACGAUCGGGACGAGGAGAGCGAGAGCGUAGUAGGGACAAAAGCUACCUCAACACUCACGCUGCCAGUGAGCCAACCAUGAAGCAGGGUAGCCCAGAACAAGUGCCGAAGAAGUCAGAAGUUAAGGAGGUGCUGUGUUUGGCAUGUAACGGGCGUAACCACAAGGUGAAAGAUUGCGCGACGUUCAAAGGCUGGGAGGUAGACAGCCGUUGGAAUACCAUCCAAGAUCAUCACCUUUGCCGUACGUGCCUAGGGAAACAUGGUCGGCGUCCUUGCAAGAUACAAGUUGUUUGCGGUGUGGAAGGCUGCCAACAGCGACACCAUCGACUGCUGCACUCCAGCGCUCAGAAUCAGGGACCGCCGACCAAGGAUGGUCAGAAUACAGCGAAGCAAUGUAAUACUUCUGAAGAAGGCCUAAACGCGCACCAUGCUACCAAGAAGGCUACACUAUUUAGAAUUCUUCCUGUUACGCUAACGUGGAAGGAUAAAUCAGUAGAAACGUUUGCGUUCUUGGACGACGGAUCCGACAUGACACUGGUCGAGCAAUCGAUCGCGGAUCGAUUAGGCAUCGAUGACGGCGAACCUCUUCCCCUUUGCCUAACUUGGACCAGCAACGUCACUCGACAGGAACCGAAGUCCCAACGGGUCCAUCUGAAGAUAUCCGGAAAAGGCAAAUACGAACAGUUCACCCUAAAGGACGCAAGAACUGUUUCCAGCCUUAAUCUACCGAAGCAGACUCUGAAGUACGGGGAGUUGGCACGGCACUAUACUCACCUCCGCGGUCUCCCGGUCACCAGCUAUGAGGGAGCAACGCCGGGUAUCCUUAUUGGGUCAAACAAUGCCAGCCUGACUGCAACGUUGAGCCUGCGCGAGGGCCAACUAGGCGACCCUCUGGCUAGCAAGACGCGGCUCGGUUGGUCGAUCUAUGGCUAUACUUCUGAAGGAGAGAAGGCGACAAACUUCAUGCUGCACGUGUGUGAGUGUCGACGAGAAUACCAGGUGGACCAGGACCUUCAUGAACUCGUCAAGCAACAUUUCACCGUUGAAAGCAUUGGAGUUUCGGCUGACAAGGGUCCAGAAUCGGAGGAGGAUAAGCGUUCCCGUCGAAUCCUAGAGGAGACAACGAAGCGCAUCUUAAAUCGGUUUGAGACUGGCCUGUUAUGGCGCCAUGACCAUGUGGAGUUUCCCAACAGUUUUCCUAUGGCAAUGCGGCGUCUUCAAUGUUUCGAGCGAAGAAUGCAGAAGGAUCCUGAGCUGCAUGCAAGCGUACAGCGGCAGAUCAGUGAGUAUCUGAAGAACGACUAUAUCCACGAGGUGACAAAGAAUGAAAUGGAAUCCAUGGACUCCAAGAAGGUUUGGUACUUGCCACUGGGUGCUGUGAGAAACCCGAAGAAGCCGGGCAAAAUAAGACUUGUUUGGGACGCGGCGGCGAAAGUCGGGGGAGUUUCUUUCAACUCCAUGCUUCUGAAGGGACCAGAUCUGCUGACCCCCCUUGCUUCGGUGCUAUGCAAAUUUCGAGAACGACCGGUGGCUGUGUGCGGGGACUUGAAACAGAUGUUUCAUCAAUUCAGAAUACGCCAGGAAGAUGCGCAAAGCCAACGGUUCCUCUACAGAGAGCAUCCAUCGCAACCGGUCAGGACUUUCGUGAUGGACGUCGGUACCUUUGGAGCCACAUGCUCUCCUUGCCAGGCCCAGUACAUUAAAAACCGUAACGCAGCGGAAAACGAAGAAGAGUUCCCGGAGGCAGCGGAAGCAAUUAAGGAGAAGCACUAUGUCGAUGAUUACCUCGACAGUUUCGACACUGAAGAGGAGGCGAUUAAGGUCGCGCUGGAAGUGAUGGAAGUGCAUGCCCGUGGAGGCUUCUGCAUCCGGAACUGGCAUUCUAAUUCGGACGCUCUCCUAAAACGGGUCGGGGAACCCUGUGCAGACCAACCAAAGGCUAUCAGCAUCGAUUCGGAAAGCGGAGCCGAGCGAGUUUUAGGCCUCUUAUGGCUGCCAAAAGAAGACAUCAUUGCCUUUUCUAGUAACCAGCAAUUGCCCGAUAUUGCUCCAACGAAGCGGAACAUCCUGCGUUGCGUCAUGAGCUUGUUUGACUCGCAGGGAAUCUUGUCGCACAUUACGAUCCAGGGGCGGAUGAUCAUCCAGGACACAUGGCGCAAUCAAACCCAGUGGGACGAAGAAGUCGCUGAAGCUAUCCGUUUGCGCUGGUUCCGGUGGAUAAAACUGUUCGAGGAGGUCGGUCAAAUAAGGCUCCACAGAUCCUACUUUCCUGGCUUCACUUCUGCGGAGGUCGGUUCGGUAGAGCUCCAUGUUUUCACGGAUGCCAGUGAAGAAGCGUUCGCCUGCACAGCCUACUUUCGAGCCACGAUAAUGGGAAGGGUGCACGUUGCGCUGGUGAUGGCCAAGGCGAAAGUAGCACCAUUGAAAUCGUUAUCGGUACCACGUCUGGAGUUGAUGGGCGCUCUGCUGGGAGCGAGGCUAGCUAAAGCGGUGAAGGAGUACCAUACGCUCUUGAUCGUUCGUCGUGUAAUGUGGACAGACUCAAAAACAACAUUAGCUUGGAUCCAAUCACAACAUCGCCGCUACCGGCAGUUCGUGGCGUUCCGUGUAGGAGAAAUCCUAGAUAAGACCGAAGCUACCGAAUGGCGAUACGUUCCUACGCAGCAUAACCCAGCCGACGAUGCAACCAAGUGGGGUAAGGGACCCAGCCCAGAUGUAACGUCUCGUUGGUUUCGUGGACCCGACUUUCUGUACAGUCCGGAAUCAGAAUGGCCGGAGCAAAAGUCUACUCAGUCUUUGGAAACGGAUGAAGAAUUGAGGCCCUGUAUGGUGCAUCGAGAGAAGCCAAUUGAGGACGUCUACCAGAUCGGCAACUUCUCUAAGUGGGAACGUCUGUUGAGAGCAGCAGCUUACGUUCGUCGAUACAUCGCAAACUGUUACCACAAAAGCAAGAGGCAGGAACUGGUCACGGGAUUCUUGAACCAGGAAGAACUGCAGAAUGCGGAGAACAGCCUGUGGCGAUCAGUGCAGGCAUCCGCUUAUCCCAACGAAGUAGCUGUAUUAACAGAAAGGAAUCAGAAGAAGCGCAUUGAAAAGACUAGCCCAGUACAUAAGCUGUGUCCGUUCUUGGACGAACACGGCGUGAUGCGGGUGGACAGCCGUAUUGGUGCCGUUCCGUACGUCAUGUACGAUUUCAAAUUUCCCAUCAUCCUACCGCGCCACCACCAUCUAACUAAGCUGAUCAUCGACUGGUAUCACCGCCGGUAUCUACACGCCAAUCACGCGACAGUACUUAACGAAGUUCGUCAGAGGUUCCACGUCUCCAGUCUUCGUACGGUAAUACGACAAGUUAUCAAGGAGUGCCAGACUUGCAAAAUAGCUAAAGCAGCUCCUGUACCACCAAGGAUGGCUCCCCUUCCAGAGGCACGCCUAGCGGCCAUGGUACGUCCGUUCUCCUAUGUCGGGCUUGAUUACUUUGGACCUGUCCAGGUCCGGAUUGGACGCAGCUGCGUUAAACGUUGGGUGGCCUUGUUUACGUGCCUGACUGUGAGAGCCGUACACCUAGAGGUAGUUCAUUCCCUCUCUACAGAAUCGUGCAAGAUGGCAGUCCGCCGAUUUGUAGCACGCCGUGGUUCACCCCUUGAGAUUCGCUCAGACAACGGCACAAAUUUUCAGGGGGCCAGUCGAGAGUUAAGGGAUCAAAUUACAGCGAUCGAUCAACAGCUAGCGGAAACCUUUACAAACUCGAACACGAAAUGGAUAUUUAACCCUCCAUCUGCACCACACUUUGGCGGCUCAUGGGAGCGACUCGUGAGAUCUGUCAAGGUGGCACUCGGCUCAUUGUGUAGCGAAAGGAACCCGGACGAAGAGACAUUGUGGACGGUCAUUACAGAAGCCGAGUCUAUAGUAAACUCCAGACCGUUGACCUCCAUUCCGUUAGAGAGCAUGGACCAGGAGGCCCUGACACCAAAUCACUUUAUAUUGUUGAGCUCCAGUGGUGUCACUCAACCUCCUACAAAACUGGCGGAACCGACAAAAGUAACUCGUACGAAUUGGAACAUGGCCAGACAGCUCCUGGAUCAGUUCUGGCGUCGAUGGAUCAACGAGUACCUUCCGACGAUCGCCGUCAGAAGUAAGUGGUUCGAAGAAGUCGAGAAGCUAAGAGUUAACGACCUUGUGCUGAUUGUGGACGAAGGUCAGCGCAACGGAUGGUUGAGAGGCCGGGUCCUAGCGGUCAAUCCAGGAAGUGAUGGGCGCAUUCGCCAGGCCACGGUUCAGACACCUGGAGGGAUAUUGCGGCGUCCAGUGAGCAAGUUGGCAGUGCUCCAGGUGCAGGGCGAUAGAAACGCGGAUGCAACGGAGGACUCUCAAGUGCGUUACGGGUCGGGGAAUGUUGCCAACGCUGGCAGCACUGAAAAUUUAAACGGAGAAUCGAUCGACGAUACCCCCCAAUCCGACUCUAUGCGCUCCGACUGACACAAUCCAUGCGCAAGAUCCGAUGCGUAUCGAAUGUCAGGAUAAAUGUCACUACGGCGAGAGAGUAAAGUAUUUAGCAAGUCAUGUGAACUAGUAAUCGUUCGAGAAGAAUCUACUCCGUGAAUUAAUAUUGAAUUAUCAACCCUUCUUUGUACCUUUCGAAACUAAAUUAGAUAGAAUUCAGUUCCUACCAUUGUUAACACAAUUCGUACCUCUCGGAUAAUCUGUGAAUCUACGGUCGCAAAUCACCACUGUUUGUUGGUAAGAUCCCGUAUCCCUGGGAAGAAUAGUUUGAACGCUGAAACCAAUCUGUUGGGGUCAAAAUACAAAGGAGACCAGUUUGUAAGUAACGAACCACAUAGUUUAUAUCUCCCAAUAACUAAUAAAAGCAUUUCCAGCUUAAAGAACUCGGCACCGAAUAACAUAGUGCGAUUCUCUUGAGACCUCCGAAACAUCUACC